AAAAAUCUUUGUUGGUUUUCUGUUUAAGACAGACCCUGGAUUCUGUUUUGCUCAAAGCUUGUUGCUUUUUUCUGUUUAGCUGAAUUGGUUCUGGGGGGUUGUGGUGGUCUCUCUCUGAAUUGGGAUUUGGUUAUAACCAGAUUAGGCAGUAACAAAUCCUGGUUUAGAGGGAAGGUGGGUUGGUUCAUUUGGUUUGAUUCGUGUUUUGAGUUUUGAGUUUGUGGUGGCUUGGAUUGAUGCUGAUUUGGUUGAUGAAAGAAAACCCAGUUGAAGGGAGUAGUUGUAGAAAUUGAACUUCUUUGAAAGCAAAUCUGAGCCCACAGAGGUUGGAAUUGGUUUCUUUGGGGAAAGAGCUUUGCUUUUUGUAUGUUGAGUUGUGUGUUUGGCUUGGAUUGUAUAAAAAGGGUUUGAUUUGAAUUAGUUGUGUUUAUUCUUUAUAGAGUUGAUUGGAGCAGGUAGUUUUAUAGCAAGAUUAAGCUUUGGUGAGGUUCUGGUUUUGUUUGAGUUGUUGAGUGCAUGAUGGGGAAGCAAAGUGGGAAGAAGAAGAAAAGUUCAGGUGAUAGUCCAAAGCCAAACCAAAGUAGUGACAAUAGUCCGAAAACCCAAGAUAAGGAUACAGAAGUUUUCAUUGCAAUGUCUCAUGAAUUGAAAGAUGAGGGGAAUAAGUUGUUUCAGAAAAGGGAUCAUGAAGGAGCUAUGUUGAAGUAUGAGAAAGCUCUCAAAUUGCUUCCGAGAAAUCACAUUGAUGUGUCCUAUCUUCGGAGUAAUAUGGCGGCUUGUUAUAUGCAGAUGGGGCUGAGUGAGUAUCCCAGGGCUAUUAAUGAGUGUAAUUUGGCUCUUGAAGUUACACCUAAGUAUAGUAAGGCACUGCUGAAGAGGGCAAAGUGUUAUGAGGCUUUGAAUAGGUUGGAUUUGGCUCUUAGAGAUGUUGGUACCGUGUUGGACAUGGAACCAAACAAUAUCAUGGCAUUGGAGGUUGCAGAAAGAGUGAAAGAUGUGCUAGAGAAGAAGGGAUUGAGGGUGAAUGACACGGUGAUUGAGUUGCCUCCUGAUUAUGUAGAACCAAGUCACAAUGUGCUGCCAAGGAAAGAAACAAAAUCAAAGAGUCGGAAGAAGAAAGGGAACAAAGAUGAAGACAAGAAAAUUCAUGAGGACAAUACUAGUGGGAAUACUGAAGACAAGAUUGAGGAGAAGAAGGCUGUAGAAAUAACUGAAGAAAUGAAGUCUGUGGAUAUAGCUGAGGAGAUGAAGUCUGUGGAUAUAGGUGAGGAAGAUAAGGAUGUGGAAAUAUCUGAGGAAAAGAAGGCAGAUGUGAAGGUAGUUGUGGAGGAAAAGAUCACUACAAUGGAAGAAGUGCCGAAAAGAUGUGUGAAAUUGGUGUUGGGAGAGGAUAUAAGAUGGGCUCAGUUGCCAGUAAAUUGUACCCUCCUCCAACUAAGAGAGGUGAUCAGCGAUCGGUUUCCAAGAUCAAAAGCAGUUCUUAUUAAAUAUAGAGACCAGGAAGGUGAUUUGGUCACCAUCACUACUAAUGAAGAGCUGAGAUGGGCUGAAGAAUCAGCAGAAUCGGAAGGGUCUGUCAGGCUUUACAUAGUAGAAGUUAGUCCUGAUCAGGAUCCAUUCUUUGAGAAACUGAGAAUUGAAGGGGACAAGCUUAACUAUGGAGCUGAGAAUGGUACCAUGGUAAAACAAAAGGACAUGAAGGGGUCACCUUGCAUUGAGGAUUGGAUUAUUGAUUUUGCUCAGCUAUUCAAGAACUAUGCUGGGCUUGAAUCUGAUGCAUACUUGGAUCUUCAUGAACUUGGGAUGAAGUUUUACUCUGAGGCUAUGGAGGAGACAGUUACUAGUGAAGAAGCUCAAGACAUUUUCGACAUAGCAGGAGAGAAGUUCCAGGAAAUGGGAGCUUUGGCAUUGUUCAAUUGGGGAAAUGUUCACAUGGCCAGGGCAAGGAAGAAGGUAUAUAUCGCAGAAGAUUCUACCAAAGAGUCUAUCUUUUCAACCAUUAAAGCUGCAUAUGAAUGGGCACAGAAAGAAUACAUGGAAGCUGGAAAGAGAUAUAAAGAAGCGUUGCACAUCAAACCCGAUUUCUAUGAAGGUUAUUUGGCCCUUGCGCAGCAGCAGUUUGAACAAGCUAAACUUUCUUGGUAUUAUGCAAUUAGCAGCAGUGUUGAUUUGGAGACUUGGCCCUCUACAGAGGUUCUAAGACUUUAUAACAAUGCCGAAGACAACAUGGAAAAGGGCAUGCAGCUGUGGGAGGAAGCAGAAGAGCAACGGUUGAGUGAACUCUCCAGUCCAACUAGUGGUAAAAUCCAGUUGCAGAAAAUGGGUUUGGAUGGGAUUGUCAAAGACCUAUCAGCAAAUGAAGCUGCAGAACAAGCUACAAACAUGAGGUCUCAGAUAAACCUUCUGUGGGGUACCAUGCUCUAUGAGCGAUCCAUUGUGGAGUUCAAAUUGGGGUUACCUGUAUGGCAUGAAUGCUUGGACGUUGCAGUUGAGAAGUUUGGACUUGCUGGGGCAUCUUCAACUGAUAUAGCUGUUAUGGUCAAAAACCACUCUUCAAACGAUAAUGCAUUGGAAGGUCUAGGGUUCAAGAUUGAUGAGAUAAUACAAGCAUGGAAUGAGAUGUAUGAAGCUAAGAAGUGGCAGAGUGGAAUUCCAUCAUUUCGUUUAGAGCCAUUACUUCGGCGGAGAGUUUCAAAACUUCAUUCUGCUUUGGAGAAUGCUUUAUCAGACAGCACUGAAUAGAUACAUUUUGCUGCUCCAUGAGCAUGUAGUAUUUCAUAUUGAGGUUUUCUUGGUACUUUCCUGUCCAGUUUCUGGCUUUCAGCCAUGGAACUUCGUAGUUACAUACAGUGGAUAGUUUCUUAGAUCCAGUUAUUGAUUUGUGGUAGUUCAGAUAAAACAAACACGUUUUCCCUUUCUUUACACGUUAGGGGGUGGAGGUGAAGUUGCAGAUCUUCUUUUUAGUUAGUUUCUGCCUUCAUCAACAUGACUUUACAGUUUCUGCUAGAGC